CAUUGGCACUCCAGGGAGUAAAUACGGCUGUGAAACCGGAAGUGUCCCGGGAGGCGUCGCUUCCGGAAGUGUGGCAAAUCCCCACCACACCAGGAAGUGUGGUGCCGCGGCGGCUCCUGAAAGUGUUGCUGUCCACCCAGUUGAGAUAAGAAACAGGUGUUAAUGUAUCGUGUUUGCGGAAGCCCAGCGGAGCGUCACCCAUCCGAAAGUGCCGGAGGGUGCAAGUAUUUGAUCAUGUUUUUGAAUGCUGCGUCCUGUCGAAAACCUUAGGGGAAACCGCACUAGGAAUGUAUCCAGGGGGUCUGGCUCCCUGAAGGCUUUUUAAGAAGUUUUCUAUUGCUGCCCAUCACCCUCGAUUCCCCUUCUAUCCAGGGAUGUGCAGAUGGAGGCCGGAGGAGAUAAUGCUGUCCCAGCCCCCGGGGGCGUGGAGGACUUGCCGGAUACGCAGUUCCCCAGAGAGGAGGCAGGAGACAGCGAGGGGGUUCACUCAAGCACGCUGGAUCCCGGAGAUGGGGACCCGGAGGACACAGGCUCCCUUUCAGGAUCCAAGGCCGAGGACCAGCCACCCAGCCUCCUAUCACCUUUGCCUCAGGCUGAGGCUGCGUCAAGCAUUUGUGAGCACUGGAACACCGCAGCUUCAGACGGCACUCCCACUGGAGAAGCUGAGAAUAACUCUGAGGGUCAGGGAGAGGACCCCAGUGAUGGGGACCCAAGUGACGGGGACCCCAGUGACGGGGACCCCAGUGACGAGGACCCCAGUGACGAGGACCCCAGUGACGAGGACUGGCGCAGCCAACGGAAGCAUGUGUUCGUGCUGAGUGAGGCAGGCAAGCCCAUCUACUCACGGUAUGGCAGCGUGGAGGCACUGUCAGCCACCAUGGGCGUGAUGACAGCCCUGGUGUCCUUUGUGCAGAGUGCAGGAGAUGCCAUCCGUGCCAUCUAUGCUGAGGACCACAAGCUGGUGUUCCUGCAGCAAGGUCCACUCCUGCUGGUGGCUGUGUCCCGGACUCCACAGUCCGCAGCACAGCUACGAGGUGAGCUGCUUGCAGUACAUGCACAAAUUGUCAGCACACUAACGCGUGCAAGUGUGGCCCGCAUCUUCGCACAUAAGCAGAACUAUGACCUCCGUCGCCUGCUGGCUGGCUCAGAGCGCACACUGGACCGACUCCUGGACAGUGUGGAGCAAGACCCAGGUGCCCUGCUCCUGGGUGCUGUGCGCUGUGUGCCUCUGGCCCGUCCACUGCGGGAUGCCCUGGGCACACUACUGCGGCGCUGUACAGCCCCAGGCCUGGCCUUGUCAGUGCUGGCUGUUGGCGGUCGGCUAAUCACAGCGGCCCAGGAGAGGAAUGUGCUGGCCGAGUGCCGACUGGACCCAGCUGAUCUACAGUUGCUGCUUGACUGGGUGGGUGCACCAGCCUUCGCGGCAGGUGAAGCGUGGGCACCUGUGUGCCUGCCUCGCUUUAACCCAGAUGGUUUCUUCUAUGCCUAUGUGGCUCGCCUGGAUUCCAUGCCAGUCUGCCUGCUGCUGCUUGGUACCAACCGUGAAGCCUUCCAUGCCAUGGCUGCCUGCCGGCGCCUAGUUGAAGAUGGGAUGCACAGCCUUGGUGCCCUGCGUACUCUUGGGGAGGCUGCCAACUUCUCGAAUGGCCCAGCAGCCAAUGCCCCCGCCUACAGUGUACAGGCUGUGGGAGCCCCUGGCCUCCGGCAUUUUCUCUAUAAGCCACUGGAUAUCCCUGAACAACACCGCCAGCUGCCACAAUUUACCAGUCCCGAGCUAGAGGCCCCAUACAGCAGAGAGGAGGAGCGACAGCGACUGUCAGACUUGUAUCACCGCCUGCAUGCUCGCCUCCACAGCACCUCCCGGCCCCUGCGCCUCAUUUACCACGUAGCUGAGAGAGAGACGCUGCUGGCUUGGGUGACGUCCAAGUUUGAGCUCUAUACCUGCCUCAGCCCCCUGGUAACCAAGGCUGGUGCCAUCUUAGUAGUGACGAAGCUCUUGCGCUGGGUAAGGAAGGAAGAGGACCGGCUGUUUAUCCGUUACCCACCCAAAUACUCCACACCCCCAUCCACCUCGGCGGACCAGGCCCCCAACAAUGGCUUGUUCACAGGACUCUGAACGACCGCUGGAGGGACCGCAUUUGGCUUUUACAUUCUUGUGUGUACUCUGGAAAUGUGGGUAGAGGUCUGUGCCAGCCUGGUCCCUGUCUCCCUGGGCAGGUGGGCAAGAUGACAGGGUUUGCCCACAAAUGGGAGAAGGGUGACAGCAGCCAGAGGCACAGGCUGCUCUCUGAGCCCCCUCAUGCACCGCCACAUCUAGGAAAGUGGGAAGCUUCCUCUGUUCCCUGCCUCGCCUUCCUAGCCUGAGUGCCACCACGCCCUCCAUCACCAGCAGCCUCUGCCAAGCCUCUUCUAAGCAGCACAGGUUGCUACCAUGGCCAUCUUCCAAGUAGACCUGAGACUGGGCUGAGGCUGUCCUCAGGGUAGGGGUGGGUAACCCAUAAGGGCUCUAGAAUUUGGAAUGCAGGGCUAGCCUGCGCUUGAAACCAGCCUAUGGGUGUUUUAAAAUGUGCGUGUGCGCGCGCGUGCGCGCGCACACACACACACACACACACACACACACACUGUACAGAAAGGGCCUAAAGCUGAAUCCCUCAAGACAUUUCUCUUUCAUGCUCCUUCCCCACCCCCAUCACUUCUCCCUUUCCCUACUUUAAAACAACCCCCCAAAAGACCCAUGCCCCACCACCUUGGGCUGUUUCAUACACGAUUAAGAAGGUGGCAUCCAGCAUCCACCUGUGUGAAACAUGCCACCUGACUUCAUCCGUGGGUCGGAGUGCAGCUUCGUGAAGAUGUGCUUAGCCGCUAAAGCUUUUACUUUCUGCUGCACCUUUGAGUGGAGAUCUGUAAACCGACAGGGGUUGGAAAUGUGCUGUGCUGAUGCCCAGCAUGAACAUGUUCUGAACACUGGACACUUGCAGUAACAACCUAAAGAAGAGCCCUUAAAGAGCUUGCGCUCACAGCCCCCUCAACCGUUCACUACCUGGCUUCCAGCCUUUUUUAAGAGACACGACCCUUGGUUGCGCGCAUGCGUGCAAAUGCAAACUAGCAGUUGCGGUUUGCAGAUGUUCUGCGCUUGCUCCAAGCAGAUGCCUGUGUCGCCCCACCCCCUGGUUUCCUACAUUGUCAGCGGUGGCUCGUGCUGCCUUUCCCUGCUGUUUCUCUUCCGGAGCACAUGCGCAGAUACCCCCACGUUGGGAAAUGGCUGCGGAGCUGGAGCCUUUGAUGGCGGAGUGGCUUGGAGCUGAGAAAGCUGAAGACACCCGAGGUAGUGAGGGCCCACAGGGUAGAUGGGAAAGAGGCUUCGGCUCAUUAUAAUAAUUGAGAAUUUUUUUUUAGAAAAAAAGUUUUUAACCUAUUGAAACUUAUAACUUCCACAAAGUGGAAAUAAAUAACCUGCGUUCUCAUCACCUUGGUUAACUUGCCGACUUUAUUGACCAUAUUAAAUAUCUUAAGCAAGUAGUUCAUUUCAGCAAGUCGGGGAGGGAUAGUGAUGGCCCCCCAAAACUUCUCUGUUGCUGCACAGCUGAGGGAAGGAACUCCUGUCACUUCACGGCCAGCCUAGAUCACUACAUAGGUUUCUCAAGGCUCCUGAGCAUGCUUUCCCCCACUUUUGUCAAUUCUAAAGUAGAGAAAAUAGUGUGACCAAGGACCCUGACCCUGCUUCAGUGGGCGUUCAUUCUUUGUCCUUGUGUCUGUCUCCACUCCCCUUCCUGCACACCCAGUCUGUCACUACAUGGCCAGACAUGGGAGGUGGCAUCUUACCAGACCUGAUCAUUCAGAUUCCAAAACAAUAAGAAUGGCCGUCAAGAGCAAGACCCGCAGUUUCCCUGGGCACCGGCAGCACCUGCUUGGUGCUUGGAACUCAGUGACCCUUUCCUUAUUUUUUUUUUUUAAAGGGGGUGAGUAAUGAAAUAAUUUUAACAGAAUUUGUCUUAAAUUGGAGCCACAUGUGGGGCGUCAAUUUUCAAACAAUAGAAAUCAGACAAGCCACAUUUUAUUAAGCACGUGAUACAGUACCACAGAGAUUUAAACAUUUAGCAUCAACCUUUCAAAUUCCUCAAAGUUUAAGUAAUAAAGGACUUGAUCAGCACUGGAGGAAGUUAGGAGGCGUAUCGGGUCACAUUUCUUAGCCGUUGCCUGGCCGUAGCGGGAUGCUGCACAACCCCAGUGACCUUCUGGUAGAGGCUAAUGUUUUCAGCAGAUGCUGUUCCACAUCUGCAGUUCCCGUGCUAGGUAGUCACAGGAGACAGACUGCAGGAGCGUGAACCAAGGGCGGCCAGUGGCGUGACUAACAGAGGCAAAGACAAGAGGAGUGAACCAAAACUUGACCAAAUCUAAGGAUAUCCCUGCAGCUGGAAGAUUUAAAAAAAUAAAACAAAAAAAAGAGGUGGAGAAACAAAUUUCAGUUGAUAAAAUUGUUUAUCAAAAUUGCUUAUAAAAGAUGGGCCCCAGAAGUUUUAUUUUUAUUAUUGAAUGUCAGAGGAUUGAAACAAGAAAGGAGGGGGUAUACCUGUCAAGGUCAGCUCCUUGAAAACUGUCUGAGGUAAGCACACUGAUAAUUGUGGAGAGGGGCCUUGGAUUUGAGGGAGGGGAGCAAAAUGGAGGCCUCUGUGAUGUGUCGUUUUAUUUAUCUCUUAGAAAGUAGGUCGUGAUAUGUAAUUUACAGUGGAAGAGGGCAAAGGACAGCUAAGGAGCAACCUAGGGGACCAAUGUUAACACCCAGAGUUAAAGUUGUGCAGGUACCUAGAGCCUCUGUAUAUAGGAAAUAUGCACUGGAGUGUUAAGGACUAGUGGGUCAUGCUAUCUACAACUCACAGAUAACGAACACUCAACACAUGGAGAUGCUCAUAGAGUACCACAGCUUAUUUCUAUGACUUUUGUGAAUAUCUGAAACAAUUUCAAAAUAAAAUGUUAUAUGGGGACAUCCUC